AUGGAUACAAGUAUUUCACUUACAGAUAAUUCCAUAAUUACAAAUCAUAAUCAACAAAAACGACAUAUCAUGAUAAGUUAUGAUCGUUCAUCGAUAAGAACUUGUCGAAAAAUCUAUAAUCGUCUUAUAGAACGAAAUUAUAAAGUAUGGAUGGAUCUUGAACAUAUGUUUGAUGAAAUAUUAGUUGCUAUGGCACAAGUAAUCAAAAAUUCUUAUAUUAUCCUUCUUUGUAUUAGUCAACAGUAUUAUGAAAGUGAUUCUUGUCGAUUAGAAAAAUUUCAACCUAAAAGUUGGUUAGGCAUUAUCAAAGGUUCGAAUGUUCACAUUGAUUUUUCUUCGCAAGAUGAUUUUGAUGAAUCAUUUGAACAAUUAAUUCGUCAAAUUACUUUUAUUGAAAAAUAA